CCCCCAGGAGACGAUGUCCCACGCGGGGGACUGUACGUGGGCACCCUGGCUCCCCGUCCUGGUGGUGUCUCUGAUGUGCUCAGCCAGAGCAGAGUACUCCAACUGCGGCGAGAACGAGUACUACAACCAGACCACGGGGCUGUGCCAGGAGUGCCCCCCGUGUGGGCCCGGCGAGGAGCCCUACCUGUCCUGCGGUUACGGCACCAAAGACGAGGACUACGGCUGCGUGCCCUGCCCGGCCGAGAAGUUCUCCAAGGGCGGCUACCAGAUCUGCAGGCGCCACAAGGACUGUGAGGGCUUCUUCCGGGCCACCGUGCUGACGCCCGGGGACAUGGAAAACGACGCCGAGUGUGGGCCAUGUCUCCCCGGCUACUACAUGCUGGAAAACAGACCCAGGAACAUCUACGGCAUGGUCUGCUACUCCUGCCUCCUGGCGCCCCCCAACACCAAGGAAUGCGCGGGCGUCACCUCAGGGGUCUCUGCCAACCUGCCCAGCACCUCUGGGAGCAGCACCCUGUCUCCUUUCCAGCACGCCCAUAAAGCGUUCUCCGGUCAAGGACACCUGGCCACCGCCCUGAUCAUCGCCAUGUCCACCGUCCUCAUCAUGGCCGUCGCCAUCGUCCUCAUCAUCCUGUUCUACAUCGUGAAGACCAAGCCCUCCGCCCCAGCCUGCUGCACCAGCCACCCGGCCAAGAGCGUGGAAGCCCCUGCGAGCAAGGACGAGGAGAAGAAGGAGGCCCCAGACAGCGUGGUGAUUUUCUCGGAGAAGGAUGAAUUCGAGAAGCUGGCGGCAGCUCCUGCGAAGACCACCAAGAGUGAGAACGAUGCCUCGUCUGAGAAUGAGCAGCUACUGAGCCGGAGUGUGGACAGCGACGAGGAGCCUGCCCCGGACAAGCAGGGCUCCCCGGAGCUGUGCUUGCUGUCGCUCGUGCACCUGGCCAGGGAGAAGUCGGCCCCCGGCAGCAAGUCCGCCGGGGUUCAAAGCCGCCGGAAGAAGAUCCUGGAUGUGUACGCCAACGUGUGUGGAGUCGUGGAAGGUCUCAGCCCCACAGAGCUGCCCUUCGACUGCCUGGAGAAGACCAGCCGCAUGCUCAGCUCCACCUACAACUCCGAGAAGGCGGUGGUGAAAACGUGGCGCCACCUGGCGGAGAGCUUCGGGCUGAAGCGGGAUGAGAUCGGGGGCAUGACCGACGGCCUGCAGCUCUUCGACCGCAUCAGCACGGCGGGCUACAGCAUCCCCGAGCUGCUCACCAAGCUGGUGCAGAUCGAGCGGCUGGAUGCCGUGGAGUCCUUAAGGAAUGGCCAGCCGUUCACCAGGGGCCGCUGCGACAACUCAGCCGAGCCAAGCCUCAGGGACGCCAGGGUGAAGGAUCUGGCCCCUGACCGCCCAGGGAGACAGAAGAGGUGCCUGCAGCCACCUCAGCAGACGGUCACACAGCUGGCUGUGGGGACACUGAGGGGAUGGCAGUUGCGACCCCGCGGGGCCAUCCCCAAGGGCACGGUGGUUCCGAUGAUCGCGGGCCGGGCUGUCUCCUGCAGCGGGAGUGAGCGGUCAGCUCUGAUGGAACAGGACACCCACUUCCCAAUAGCGCGGCCAUCGCAGAUGUCAGGAGGGUCCCAGGCGGACUUUUUGAAGUACCCUCGCACCGUGUGGGUCGUCAGGGAAAUUGGGGAUACAAACAGAAAAACUGAGAAUUGCAUUUUCGUGGUGGCUGACCCUCGACGGGGAGCUGACAAACACGUUCUCGGCAGGUUCUUUUACUCCCCCUGGGAUGCCGAGAGUGGGAGCCGGGUGGUGGCCGCCCCGGGCCACUGCUGA